GUGUAACAACAGUGAAUCCUCAUUUUCCGUUCAACCAAGGCUCACGCAGAGUCUUCCAAAUCCCGACCCCUCGCCCAUGCGAGUGGGACUUUCAUCGUUCGUGAUCUCUUCGGUCACCUUUCAGACGCGAGAUUGGCGGGUGCUUUCGGCCUCGGCGUUCGCGAAUGGAGCCACAGCACCAGAGAGAGUUGCACACAUUGUGUGAAAGCCUUCUCAUUCAUCAAGAAGAACGCGCGGAAUGCUGAAAGAGAGUGGCCUGUGAUGUUCCAUCGAGACCCAUGCAUCUGCUGGGCCCACGAGGAAGGCUAAAGCACCCGUUCGUCUCCGCUGCAACGUGGAAAGCGAUCAGAUUCUACUUCAAAGGGAGUGCAUUCAAAGGCAUCCAGAACAGAGACUCGUAUGAUUAUACAUACCUGUUGGAACGUUGCAGAAGCAGCUCCUGCCUCAAAAGGAUACACGCCCAGAUCGUAAUCGGGGGAUUUGAGCAGAACCCAUUUCUCGCAGCGAAGCUGGUCGGGGCCUAUGGCGACCGCGGUGUGCCGAACAUGGGCGACGCGCGUAAGGUGUUCGAUAAAUUAUCGGACAGAGAUGUUUUCUUGUGGAAUGUGAUGAUCCGGGGUUAUGCGAACUCGGGUCCUUUCGAGGAAGCAUUGAACGUGUACUACCGCAUGCGGUUAAGCUGCGUCUCUGCUAACAGAUACACGUUUCCAUUUGUGCUGAAGGCUUGCGGUGCCAUGAAAUGUACGAAGAGAGGUAAAGUCAUUCAUGCCCACGUCGUGAAGUUGGCGUUUAACUUGGAUUUAUAUGUUGGGAAUGCUCUUUUGGCGUUUUAUGCCAAGUGCGGGGCGAUUGAAAUGUCUAGAGUAGUGUUUGGUGAAAUCCCUAGGAAGGACAUUGUCAGCUGGAAUUCCAUGGUUUCUGGUUAUACUUCAAAUGGAUAUGCUGGUGAAGCAAUAAAGCUUUUUCGUGCAAUGGUGCAAGAGCACAAUUUAGUGCCUGAUGACGCAACUCUUGUUGGAAUUCUACCUGCAUGUGCUCAAGCAGCGGCAAUACACUUAGGUUUUUGGAUUCAUGCUUACAUCAUGAAGUCAGGUAUGGAAGUAAAUGCUUUUCUCGCUAGUGGGCUCAUUUCAAUCUAUGGAAAUUGCGGGCAUGUUAAAAUUGCAAGAGAUGUUUUUGAUCGAGUGUGCGACAAGAAUAUUGUUGUAUGGAAUGCGAUGAUCAGAUGCUAUGGAAUGCAUGGUUACUCAGAUGAGGCACUCGACACGUUUUCAAAAGUCAUAGAGCUCGGCCUGUGCCCUGAUGGAUUGAUGUUCUUGUGUGUAUUAUCUACUUGUAGUCAUGCAGGACUCGUCUCAAAAGGGUGGGAAAUUUUUCACAGUAUGAAAGCAUAUGGAAUUCAAAAAACCGAGGAGCACUAUGCUUGCUUGGUUGAUCUUUUGGGCCGGGCCAGCUUACUUGACGAAGCGGCCAGACUCAUAGAAACUAUGCCCAUUCCUGCAGGGAAACAUGUGUAUGGUGCCCUGCUUGGUGCUUCUAGGGUGCAUAAUAAUAUAGAACUUGCAGAAAAAGCGGCGGAGAAAUUGUUUGUGCUGGACCCUGAUAAUGCUGGCCGGUACAUACUACUAGCAAAGAUGUAUGAAGAUGCAGGGCGUUGGCAGGACGUUGCCAGAGCAAGGAAGCUGCUGAAAGAGAAGGAGAUUAGGAAGCCAAUUGGUUGUAGUUCUGUCGAGAUCGAGAGCAUUCACCACACUUUUGGAGUGCAGGAUGAGUCCCACCCAUAUGCGCAGGAGAUAUUUGAAACUCUCAAGAGUUUGGAGGGAAUGGAAGACAAAGAAUUAGUUAUGAUCACUUGAAUGUAAUUAGACGGAAAAAUGAGGCUUACCGAUGUUCUAAGAUCAAGAGACAAUCACUUUGAACCACUUUUCAUGUUCAAUAAUUCAAUGAGCAAAGACAAAGUAGAUGUCUUGUUUCAAUCAUACAUGGUUAAAAGGAUUGGUUUGUCACUUUCACC